AUGUCACAAUCGUCACGAACAGCCGCGAUAAUCUCGAAUCAAUCGCGAUUAUACAGUGAUAACGAAACACGAUUCGGCGAUUCCAGUGCAGCUACUUCCUCGACUAUACGACCGAGAAAUAGGAGAUUGAUCAGUACGGAACAAGAAUUGGUCAGUACUUCAAGCAGGAGAAGUAGUCCUGGUGGAAGUACUAGAGGGGUAAGCCCAAUUCCCUCAAGACAUCCUUCGAGGAGAGUAAACGACAAUGAUACACAAUCUGCGGAGAGUGCUCUAGGGGGGUCUGCUAUAGGGAGAGGAGACCAGAAAUUCCGAGCGGGAAAUGCUGGAGCAUGGGGUAGUGGGUGGUCGAAUUCUUGGAGUACAUUACAAGGGCUUGCGAGUUCGGUGCUUGGGGAUCUAGGAGAUCUAGUCACCGAUGAAGGCGAAAGUAGUUCGCAAAGGACACCAAGUUUGGAUAGGCUUAAAGCGAGGAGGAAAGGUAGUUCUGUAAAGAAGCUGUUUGAGUUACCUCACGGUGCAUGGGGACCUGCGGAACAAAAGAAGAGGAAUGAGGCUGUUAUUGGCGCGGGCAGUCAAUCGGAAAGAGAUGCAGCUUUACGAACACAAAAAAUGACGAGAGUUCUUGAAGACCACUCGGAUUUAAACGGAUCGAUUGACAUAAAUGGGAAUUACAAAAGGAGAACGUCUAUUGACGAGAGUACGAGUAGAACACCAGACGAUGAGGGUGAUGCACUGGUCUAUAUACACCAUGUGCAGAAAGAUGAUACAUUGGCCGGGGUGAUAUUACGAUAUAAUUGUCAGCCUAUGGUGUUUAGAAAGGCCAAUAGAUUUUGGCCAAAUGACUCCAUACAAACUCGACAAGUGGUUGUACUACCAGUAGACGCUUGUGCAAUUAAAGGACGCCCUUGUGAUCCAUCUCAAGAUUUGAGUCAAGGGAUUGAUUUACUUGCUCCAACACCAAGUUUGGAAGAUGCGCCAGAAGUAUGGCCACCGAGAUCGGAGACAUCAAUAGAGCGGUCGGACGAAAAACUAUGGGAGCAUGUACGAUGGGUUCGUUUUGAUUCCUCUCCAAAUUCUAAACCAGUCGAAAUUGCACGCAUGCCGAGGAGGACUUUGGGCUACUUUCCACCUCGACGGAGAAAGAGUCAAAAUACAAAUUCCAUCACAUCUACCCCUCGUGGAUCUUUUGAUCUUCCACGUAUAUCUCAAACGACUUCGGGCGAAUCAGUUAGCAGUCCUGCAAGUACAAAUUCUCGAAGGACGAGUAAUUUAGGACCUCGACCGUCUCAACCAACAAGCGGGAGCUAUUUCCCUCCAAUUGGUUCGGCUAAUCGUCGCCACCGUGAAAGUGUAAGUGAAGCUGCUGAUCGACUAGGAUGGCUUCGAGGACCUGGUGGCGUAGGAACAUUAGGAAAGAGUGUCACAACUCCAGGACCUGGACAAGAUCCUUUAAAUACAUGGGCAAGGAAACAUAUGCCCGGAAUAACUAUCGAUUCUUUACCUUCAUCUUCAAUCCUAGAUUCCGAAACAGUCCCUUUUGGAUUUAGAGACGAACUUGCAAGUAUUGCUGAAGACUCAUACAGUCCUGCAAGAAGCGGAUCGGUCACGCCCAGUAAUAUGGGGGGCUCUGGAAUUGGAUUGGAAAAUGCUGCAGCAGCUAUUGAAGGUUGGGUUAGACGAUUAGCUGUUAAAGCACCGGGGACACCGUCGAAUGGAGGUGGAACAUCAAUGAAUGGGUCGGGGGAUCUUAUUGAGUUAUUGGAUGGGACUGGGAGUGAUGAUGGAAGGGGAUUUGAACUUUCUCCUGGUAGAUUGAGAAAUACUUCACUAAGUAGAAGCGGAACCGGAACCGGAAGCUCAGGAAGAGAAGAUCUGGAAGGGGCGCUAAGAGGGAGGGGAAGCGCAGUAGGUGGUAUUAAGAAUGGAAAGAAGGAUUGA